AUGGCGUUGCGGCCUUCUGGUACGCGCCUGUGUCUACCCGCCGUCAAGGCAUGGCACAGGGUUGAGCCGGCAAUGCCGGAACAUUACAUCGAGCAAGAGUUGGACCGCUAUUUCCCGCUGCAAGAUCAUGUGGGUCGAGAAAGGCCAGAGAGGCGACCAGCCAAGUUGAGCACCACCGUAUCCUUUACGGGCAGUCCCACGACGAUGCGCGUGCGAUCACACCAGCCCCAGCACACGCCGUGUAGCGAAUCAUCCAUCUUCUCGACCCCACAUGGCACGCCGUCGUUCCAUGACCCGCAGCACCAGGCUGAACAAACACCAAUAGCGUCACGCUUUCGUGAAGAGCUGCAGCAUGCCCACGAUGGAGAGUUGUGGCAGAGUCCAAGCUUCGCAUCGUUCGCGCCCAAUGCACCUCCAACCACGUCAGCCGCUAAAUUGCAUGUGCACCAAGACCUGGGUUCAUCAUUUGUCUCGAUGAGCCCAGCGCAUGCCGGAAGUGCUACGUCCGCCCACCCCCCUCAGCCUGAGCACCGGAAGCUUGGUGGCAGCACAAGGCAAAGGCAGCCUGGAGCGCAAGAGCAGCAACGGGCGCAACAACACGCAGAGAGUUCACGUUCUUCCACGCUUGCAAAGCAGCAGCAGCACAAGCAGCAUCUGCCCGAUGUCCUCACUUCACGGGUGAGCGUAUUUGACGGUGCUAGUCUUGGCGUUCAGGAUCACGAGCACACGCUGUUCCUCGUGAUUCAACCACAGAGCAGUGGAGACGAGGAACAAGAUGGCAUUGUGGUUGAGUUGAGUGUUCGGAUGCAGGACCAAAGUCCAAACAACAGUUUCGCGCUUCAAGCGUUUCAGCAGUGCCUGGCCAGCGCUCGGGUCAUCUACACGCAUGGCGGGCGGCGAAUGGCGGCUCUUCUCCUCCAGUGCUGCAGCUCAGCCAUCGUGGGGCGUGGUGCAAACGAGUCCAUUGCCGUUCGCGACACGCAAGUUGCUGCAUGGCUGGCAGACCCAGAACGAGCCUGGGAUGACAUGGAUGACGUGUUUCGGCUGUGUCAGCUACGACCAGUGACGCGCGGUGCUGGGGACCUUGGGGACAGUAGCGCAAGCGCAAGCUCGCAGUGGCUGCACAAGCUCGCAAGUCGACACGCGGCUGCGUUUGACCACCUGUUUGCGCGGUUGCGCGCCUGUGAUCAAGCCGAGCUGUACUCCCGUCUGGAGGCGCCGGCAAUUUGGCUCCUGGCCGAGAUGCAAGUGCAUGGUAUCCACAUUGACACGGAGACUCUGAAGCAGCAAAGGGUGCAAAUCCAGCAGUGCUUGGCUGAGCUUGAGGCCCGCGCAGAGGCGUUGGUUGGCUUCAAGCUGCUGCUCACCAGCCCCCUCCAGCUUCGCGAAUACCUGUAUGACCAGCUUCAAUUGCACGUUGGAAUUCCCAACUUCCCGCGAACUCCAAAGGGCAAGCUGUCGACAGGGGAAGACGCACUCACGCUCAUCAAGGACCGACACGAGCUCCCGAACUUGCUGCUCUUGCAUCGCAGAGCAGCACGGCUGCUGUGCACGUACAUUGAUGGCGUUCUCCCACACGUGACUCACGGCAUGCUUCACCCUGAAUGGCUUCAGACUAGUGCUGCGAGUGGCCGCGUGUCUUGCCAACAACCAAACAUCCAAAGUGUUCCUCUUCGAGAGACCGCGCUGCGUCUCGAUCUCCUGGUUGUGUCACCACGGGCGGCAUACGUUGCGCCUGGCGGGUGCGUGUACGUGAGCUUGGACUGGCGACAGAUGGAGCUGAGGCUGCUGGCCCACUUUUCAGAGGACGAGGGUCUGAUUGCCCUGUUCCAGAACCAGGAGGCAAAGGCAAAGGCAAAUACACCACCGAGUACAGCGAAUGCGACGUCAAGGGAGGAAGGUGGCACAUCAGAUCCCUUCAAAGCACUGGCCAGCAAGUGGUUCUGUGUUCCGGUGGAACAAGUCACGGGUCGACAACGCGACCAAGUGAAGCGAUGUCUCUAUGCGUUCAUCUAUGGGUCUGGUGCACUGCAUCUGAGCAAGGUACUGGAGGUGAGCGUGCACGAGGCAAAGAAACUGCUGCAAGCGUUUCGGCGGCGCCAUCCGCGCAUCCAGCACCUUCGCGACCAGGUCCUCAUCAGGUUGAAGGAGACGGGCUUUGUCUCGUGCCUCUCUCGCCGCCGCCGCUACUUUAAGGACAGCGCCAACGACCACAGCCAACGUGCCGCAUUCAACUUUCUCCUUCAAGGCAGUGCGGCAGACAUUUGCAAGGCUGCCAUGAUCAACCUUCGCGAGUUUCUGCGAGCGAAGCAGAUGCGCUCGUUCAUGGUGGCACAACUCCACGAUGAGAUCAUCCUCGAGUGCCCAGAGAAGGAAGCCAAGGAGGUGCUCGCGUUUACGCGCGGGCCGGCAUUCUGCGAGCCCUUUGGGAGAAUGCGCGUCCCUUUCCCCGUCCGACAACGCAUAGGCCGCACGUGGGCCGACAUGAGCUGA